AUGCAGGUGACGACCACGGAUACCAAGCAUGCUGACCAGGCCAGUGUUGAGCAAGAUGUCGCGGUUGGAACAACAUACGUGCCAGACUUGAACGACAAAGCUAUGGAGAGGCGCGUCGUCCGCAAGAUUGAUAUGUGGAUUCUUCCGUUCAUCUGCAUAUCGUACUUGAUCAACUACCUCGAUCGCGUGAACCUGGGUAAUGCGCGAACGCUCAACAACAAUACGCCUGAGAGCAACCUCGUCAAGGAGCUCGAUCUUACCGGCAACCGCUACAACAUUGCCGUCGCCGUCUUCUUCGUACCUUAUGUCAUCUUCGAGGCGCCCAGCAAUUUCGCCAUGAAGUUCUUUUCGCCUUCAGUCUGGAUCGGUCGAAUCAUGAUCAGUUGGGGUAUUAUCACCAUUUGCACAUGUGCCGUGAAGAGUUUCGGAGGUCUGCUCGCCAUCCGAUUCUUCCUUGGAGUUGCAGAGGCUGGAUUCUUCCCUGGUGUUGUCAUGUACCUCUGCUACUGGUACAAACCCUCGGAGCGCGCGACUCGUUUGGCCAUUUUCGCCGGUUCAGUUGCGGUUGCCGGAGCCUUCAGCGGUCUACUAGCGACUGGUAUCUCGUUCCUGAACGGCAAGGCCGGUCUCGCUGGCUGGCAAUGGCUUUUCGUUCUCACCGGCAUACCCGCUGUUAUCUUUGGUGUCAUUGUCUGGAGAUAUAUGCCAAACUAUCCCCAGGAUGCCAAAUUUUUCACCGAAGAGGAGCGUGCCUUCGCCGUCGCCCGCAUGGGACCCUUCGCACCGAACAAGGAGGACAAAACAUUCAGCGCGGAAAUCGCUAAGCAAACACUCCUGGAUCCGCUUUUCUGGACGUACGCAAUCAGCUAUUUCUUCAUGGUGAACAGCUUGAACGCCUUCUCCUACUUCAGCCCGACAAUCAUUGCGAACCUGGGCUUCAAGGGCUACACUGGACAACUGCUCACGGUGCCGCCGAACGUUUUCGGUCUGAUCAUAAUUCUCGCUAACUGCAUUCACUCCGACUACUCCAGGGAGCGUAUUCGUCAUGCACUUGCUGGACUGGCUCUUGUUGGAUCCGGCUACCUCAUCCUGGCUUUGGUAACAAACUGGAUCGGCCGCUAUGUCGCCGUUUUCCUGAUCGCUUGCACCAACUCAGCCGUCAUGCCGUUCCUGGCUCAUCGCACUGCUACUGUAUCAGGCUCGACAGCGACCGCUUUGGCUACCGGUGUUACCAUCGCCAUCUCGAACUGUGGAGGUAUUAGUGCACCGUUCCUGUUUCCGGGAACCGACGGCCCAAACUACCCUAUGGGCAAUUGGACCGUCUUUGGUAUGCUUUGUGCUACCUUCCUCAUGACUAUCUACCUCGGCUUCAGGCUUGGAACAAGCUCUGAGUACCGUGAUUUCGCGCCUGGAGCGGCGGAGCAGUUGGCUGCGAGAACGAGCAUCGAAGGCAAGCUUCCGAACGAGGCGAGGGAUUCGCGCGAAUUUCCUCCCCGCAAGCCGGACAGCGAGACGAACGUUGGUAAUGCGUUAUAG